AUGUUUAUUUUAUUAUUAAUUUAUUCUGUAUAAGCAUCAAGAAAGGAACCUUAAGUAAUUACUUAAAAAUUAAAUUCUACAACCUAUUAUGCAAUAAUGAAUUAAGUCAAAAGACUCUAUGAUAACCCAAAUAGCUUUUAAAUCUUAUUAUGGAAAAGAAGUGAUUUAGAUCAUAGACUUUAUUCCUACACAGAUAAUGAUUAUGAUACAUUAAUUUAAGAAGAGAAUAAAUUAAAUGGAACAGCAGGAUGUAGAGCUAUCUAGAAAUCGUUUCCUAUUGAGUAAAAACUGAGGAUGGGAUUGCCAGCUGACGAAAAGAUAUUUUAUACUGAUUUGAUUGUUUUAUAAAAUAGAGCUCUCAUUAUCAGAAAUGAUUUUACAUUAUAGGAGAUAAAUUUGUCUUAGAAUCAAUUCAUUAAAACUAUUCAAUAAAAAAAACUAAAAAUUUAAUAAACUUCCACUAGUCAUCCAAUAAUUUUAUAGAAUGCUAUAAAUAAAAGAAUUUAUAUAAUUUCAGAAAAUGGAGGUGUUAGUAUACCAGAUUGGAUGUAAAUUUCUAAUCUCACUAUUUAGUCCUUUAGAUUCAACGGCAUUUUUUAUAAAUGAAGAACCUUUCAAGAAAAGAUCAAUAAUUUAUGAUGCUUUUAUUAAAAAUGAUAAGAUCUAUGUGGCUUGUGGAAAUGAAGGAAUUGAUAUAUAUUUAUUUAAGGAUGGAAUUCUCAAACAUGAUAAUGUACAAUUAAGAAUUGAUAAUUAACAUUUAGAUGCAGUUGAUAUUAGUGGUGAUGAUGAAUGUAUUAUAAUAAUUAACAAUGAUAGAUAUAUAUAUAUUGGAUCAUAAUCAUGGUCUAUAUAUUUGUGAUUAUCAAUUUAAGGUGAAAUUUAGAGUGCCAAUAAUAAAGGGAAGUGAUUUUGGACAUUAUAAUAAUACCUUUUUUAUUAUAGCUGAAUCUAUGACUAGAUAAGAUUAUGCAGUUGAAGUCUUCUUAAAUUUUACAGAUAAUUCUUAUUAUAUCAACCAUUAUUACUUUGAUGAUAUGCAAUUUUAUGAUGUAAAAGUAUAUUAAAAUUAUGUUGUAUUGAUUGGUUAUGAAGUACAUAAAAUCAUUCAACAUUCAAUUUAUUCUAAUUUUAUUAAAUUUACUAGUAAUAAUUAUUUCGAAUUUCCUUAACUAUUAUAACUCAAAUCUUGGAAUAAUUCUAUUGUUGCCUUAUCAAAAAAAUAAAUUAGAUUACUUAAUUUAUCUAUUAUACCUGCCCAUAUAGAGUGUGAAUCCUAAGAAAUAUUUUAAGAAUACUAUUUAGUAACAAGUUUCUUUUAGAAUUCAUCAUCUCCAUUUGAAAUAACUAAAGUAGAUCAAGUAUUUAGAAUAAUAAUAGAUGAUGUAUCUAAACUUUCAAAAGCCAAUCUUAUUCUAUUUGUUUUUUUAUUAAUUAUCAUGUUUAUUAUGGUAUGGUUAUUAAUAGUUGGAUUCAUUUGUUAUAAAAAAUGCAAAGAUAAAACAUAAAAGUUAGAAGAAAGUAAGAUAUAUUUGACCAAACAGUAUUAAAUAGACAGAGAAGAAGGUCCUGGUUAAGAAUUAUCAGCAUUAUGA